AUGCGGCUGAUAUUUCUGGCAUUAUGUGUAAAUUUAGUACUUUCUUAUAAAAUAUUGGUAUUUUCCCCCGCUACUAGCAAGUCUCAUUUGAUUUCAAAUGGAAGGUUGGCCGAUGAACUCGCUAGAGCUGGUCACGAUGUGACCGUCUUGGAGUUAGACUUUCUCGGAAUUUCUCAGACAACAAAUAGUGUGAAAGUUGCCAAGAAACAAACAAUUGGAGGAUUCAAGCAUGCUGCCAACUUCAAAACUGUUCUUUUAGGAUUUUCUGAGACCGUAAUGGAAGAACCAAGUUUCAUCGACGAGGUGAAAGGAUGGUGGGCAUAUCAAGUUGUUUACAAUGACCUUUGUGCAGAAUUUCUUGAGCGAGAUGAUAUCUUCUACGAGUUGAAGAAAGAGAAAUUCGACGGAUUUUUCGCGGAACAAAUCAAUCUCUGUGGUUUCGGAUAUGCACAUGCCUUGGAGAUACCAAGACGAUUUCUUAUUUCUAGUUGUCCAUUCGCUGCACCAGUAUAUGAUUUCACUGGACUUCCGAUGCCAACUUCUACAGUACCAUUUGCCGCAGAUAUGAGUGUGGAGCCGACUUAUUUCGAACGUGCCAGAAACUUCGUUGCCGCAGUAGUUACUAAAUUUGAGUUCAUGAUUCUGAACAGUCAACUCCGGGCUCACUUCAACCAUAAAUUUGGACAAGAGUUCCCAUCUCUAUACAGCAUUAUCAGUAACGUGGAUGUUAUCUUCAUUGCUACUGAUGAAGUGAUUGACAUCUCCACCACAACUCUUCAAAACAUCGUUCAUGUUGGUGGACUUGGAGUUGAUGAAGACAUUGUGGAAAUGGAUGAAGUAUUUUCUUCUCAAAUGCAGAAAGGAAAGAACGGUGUUAUCUAUUUCUCCCUUGGUACUAUUGCGAAUACCACGAAAAUUGACGAGAAAGUGAUGCAAACUGUAUUGAAUAUUGUAAAGAAAUUUCCAGAUUAUCAUUUUGUUAUCAGAGCUGAUAAGUAUGAUAUUAAAACACGAGAAUAUGCCAAGACUGUUUCAAAUGCGUUCGUAUCGGAUUGGCUUCCACAACCUGCUAUUCUUCACCACCCACGGCUCAAAUUAUUCAUUACACAUUCUGGAUAUAACAGUAUUGUUGAAGCCGCCCUGGCUGGAGUCCCCCUCAUCAAUAUCCCAUUCAUGUUUGACCAAAACUUGAACAGUCGCGCAGUUGAGAAGAAGGGGUGGGGAAUCCGCCGACACAAAAAACAAUUGCUUACGGAGCCCGAAGCAAUUGAGGAUGCAAUCAACCUUAUUAUCCAUAACAAGCAAUAUACCGAGAAAGCGCAUAGAAUAAGAGAUCUCAUCAAAUCAAAGCCUCUUACUUCUUCUCAACUUCUUGUCAAAACAACGGAAUGGGCAAUCAAGAAUAAUGGACUUGAUGAACUCAAAUUUGAGAGCAGAGAGCAAUGCACGUGGUCAUAUUACAAUCUAGAUGUGCUUCUUCCGAUUCUGUGGAUUAUUCUCAGUUUCAUCAUCCCCACUAUUUUCGGGUGGUACAAAUUCAGUUGUUUCGGGCAUAUUGAAGAGAAAAACAAGAGGAAGUCGAAGAAAGAAUGA